GAAAGCUCGGGCGUAAAAGCUCUGUUGUCAAAGCGCCGUGACUCAUAAUCGUUUGUGUCGUCGUGCGACUUUCAUCCUCCGCUCUCGUCAAGUGAAUGCAAAGUUGAACAUCCCUCGAAGUUACUUCGCGAUUUCUUUCUAUCGCGGGCCGCUCUUCUGAUCGACCCUCUCUCUUCUCUCCGUCUCUCUCUCUCUCUCACUUUGUUGCAACGCAAUCCAUUGAUUACAAAUUACAAUCGUAAGCCGCGUUCACGAGAGAUCGACUCCGUUAAUCUUUCCGCGCGCGUUUCGUUGUUUCGCAUUGUUGCAUUUGCGAAAUUUCGCGAUAGAAUCGCACACACAUUUGCAAGGAUACUCAAUUUGUUUUUUUAUUCAAGCAUCGCGCAUAAUAAGAAGAUAGUUUUAAAUUUAAAUGGUUAUCUAUGGACUUAUUAGAUAAAUUGUUUGAAAAUUUUAAUAACAUCAAUGUGGACAGUGAUUUUGCUUAGUUUAGUCCUCAAGUGCUUGUUAAAGAAGCUACGUCGAAUAGAUUCGAGGCAAAUCAACACGUGGCAAGUGCACUCAUCUCCCUCUUUAAGACAUCGCUUUGUAAAAGAGAAAAUUAAAUUCCACGGAUAAAAUAUUCAGAAUUGAAUCUGACGAAUCAAAAAGCAGUGAAUUGUAGUCAUCUUUGAUAGUUGAUUACAAAAUAAUUGAUCAUUAAAACAUCAACAAGGAAUUUACUUGCUAGAAGCAUGUGAGUAAAUGGCCGUGGAAGGAUUGUAUCAUCCUUGGAAUUACUUACUAUGGGCAUCUGCCUGGAUACUGAUCAACAAAAUGGAUCGCAGAUGUUCGAGGAAAGCAAUAUCCGAGCUACGGGAAGAUGGCGAGGAGAAGCGGGUCUUUUGGCAACUCCACCGGAUGGACAAUUUCCAAAGCAAAACAUUGGCGCAGUUAAAUUUGAAAUACCAAAAGUUCCAGUUAUAUUCGUACUUGGUGGUCCCGGUAGUGGUAAGGUGACAUAUUGCGACAAUUUAAUACAAGAAAAACAAGGAAUAACACAUAUCAAUAUGAUGGAUCUUCUUCAACAAUAUGCACUAGGAAAUGAUAUGCAAGAUUUUGGACAACUUAGUAGUAAGACAGUCACGGAAGUGCUGAUGCUCGAGAUGAAAAUGUCGCCAGGAGCGAAAGUUUUUCUCGUAAGCGGAUAUCCACGAAAUAUGCGCGACGUAGUAGAAUAUGCUGAAAAAAUAAAAAUUGUUAAUGGCGUUAUUCUUGUGUCGUGGAGGCAAGAAGUAUUGGAGAGACAAAUUGAUUUCGGUGCGCAACUCGGACAUGUGAUCAUCGGAUUAGCUAGGAUGGAAUUACAUAAUUUCUACAGGAAUGUCAUGCCAGUUGCAGAAUAUUUUGAUCAAAGUGGAAUGUUGCUCGAGGUAAACGGAGAGCGUAAUCCGAGUGAAGUUUAUAUUAGUUUUCGGGAUGCUGUUCUUAAAAUUCUUGGUAUGUCAAACGGCGAAAAUCAAGACCAAAAUAUACCUCAAUCUCUAGAAGCAGAAGUCGAAGUAGAAAGGAGAAAAGAAUCUGUUUCUGGCUCACCGAAACAACAAGUAUCUGAAACAACAUCUCCUCCAUUAACGAAAAACGUACCAUCAAAAACUGCUGAUAAACCAAGAAAAGGAUUGCCAUCAUUUAUCUGGGUCAUAGGUGGACCGGGAAGUAACAAGGCGGCUCUUUGCACUCAAGCCGUUCGCAACAUGCCCGGUUGGUUACACGUGAGUAUUGGAGGAUUGUUGAGAACAAUGGCAUCGUCGAAUGUUGUCGUGAACGAUGCUAUCGUAUCGGGUGAAAUGGUUCCUCACGAUAUUGUGAUGCAACUCGUGCAACAACAAAUUCUUCUCAAUCGAGACUCAGACGGUAUUGUCAUAGAUGGAUAUCCAAGAGAUUUGAAUCAAGUGCAAGAAUUUGAGAGUAAAUUUGGACAAGAACCACCACUAGUGUUACUCGACUGUUCCAAGUUGCAACUCGGGAGAGGAAGAUUGGAUGACAGUGUCUCGGCAUUUAGAAAGAGAUUGGAGCUCUUCCGCGAAGUGUCUCUUCCCAUGUUAAAAACACUGGAUAGUGACAAUCGAUUAACAAUAGUGGAUGGUGAUACAGAUGUGCCAAGCGUACAGCAAGAUUUUGCCGCGGCUUUAUAUCAACUAAUGCGUAGGGCACGUCGCAAAGAAGAGGAAAAUUUACAUGACCCGGGUUUUCCAGAAAUAAAAGACCAACCAAAUGGGGUACACGCGACGAAUAACCAUCAAAAUGGACAUGCUAUACCUAAUGGCGUUGCCAAACAAAUUGCCAGCGAUGUAUCCAAUCAUACAGAGAAGAUAAUCAACGCAACGAAAAAUGUAAAUGGAAUUGCUGCUCAAGGAAUAGGCACUAUCUCGAACGGUGUGUUGAACAAUACAAAGCAUAAUCAACAAAACGGUCAUAUUUAUCAAAAUGGCAUCGCAAAUGGAGCAGCGCAUAUGCUGCAGAAUGGCGUAGCACAUUUAGCUAACGGCAUUAAAUCCGGCAACAACAAAGUCGCACCAACAAUGCACAAUUUGCCAAAGGAUCCCAUCAGGAAAAUGUACAACGAAGUCGAAGGUUAUCAGCAGAAUCUUUAUAUGUAACAUCUGCUGAUAUCUUUUUUUAAAUAGUACACAACACUUUUUUACUUGUUGACAUCGUGUGUGAUAAGACUCUUUGAUCUAUAUAUAUAUAUAUAUAUAGCUGCUGGAAUUUUCGAGUGUCGACAAUUUUGAUAGCUAUAAUCGCGCCCGUUUUUCAGAAGAGUUUACUGAAAUCUUUUAAAAUACAUACAAGACACAUAGUAUGUGUCACAACUAAAAAAAAACAUAUAUAUAUAUAUAUACACAAUCAUUUGCUAUAAAAAAAAGUCAGAAUUAAACGUAUGAUAGAUACCAUAUAUUUUUCACAGAUUAAUUUAAAAAUAAUAUAAAUAAGUAUCACAACUCGUCUGCUGUUAGAAAUUCUCGUUCUGUCAUUUUGUCGAUACAGUUGUGUUUGAAAUAUUUCUUCCGAAUUUAUUAUUUAUUAUUUGCAACUUAUUACGGGAUCAUAUAAUAAUGUUAUACAAUUACUACUAAUGUCGUCAAUACCGUCCAUAAUGAACAUACCAUGCAUGAGUGCGCGCUGGAAGAAGAUGUACCUGAUGAAAGUAUCGAGAUAUCAAACUAACUCAAUUUAUUUUAUAAUUCGAUCCGCGGGCGGAUUCAUACGAUUUGUUAGUGAUUAGAAAACAGUUUAAAACUAUUUAAAAUAUUUUCAGCAUUGUGUGUGUGCUACACCAAAUUGUACAUAAUUCGUACAUCGGAUAAAAAGAAUAGACUGCUUUAGUUAUAGGAUACAACGGUUACGUUUUUUGCGGUAUUAUUUUCUAUUUUCUUCUUUUUUUUUAUUUAAAAUACCACAUCUACUUUUAACAGCAAAUAACAAUAAAAAAAAAAGAGUACUCAGGAACUUUAAUUUUAUCUGUUUGCAAAGCAAUUUUAUAAAACU